UAUUAGUUUUAGUGUGUUUAUUUGUUUUAUAAAUUUAUUAAAAAACACUAUAAUGAGGUACAACGGAUAUGAGUACGUUGCUUCGGCAACAAUGAGAGGAGGUGCUGUGCGGUAUUUCAAGUGCAAACAGCACACAAAUUUUUGUGAGGCUAAAUUAAAAUUGCAAAACGAUGGUUUCACACUUAUAAAGCCUCACAACAACCAUCCUCCUCCGUUAGAUGAAGAAGAAGAUAAUACUGUUAUUUUUAAAAGGGUGCUAAAAGCAAGGGCUAUUGCAGAAUCCACCCGUCUGCAUGCAAUUUAUGCGGAGGAAGCCAGGCGGCACGUUGAGGCCGCCAUAUAUUAUACCUGGGCGAGGGCAGAAUCGAUGAUGAGAACUGCUCGACGACGGUCAGUUCCCGCUGUCCCAAACAAUUUAAUUGGAUUGGGCAAUGUUUUGGGACAGCAAUUAAGCGAAAAAUAUGUUUGCUGCGAGCAAAAUAUUUUUCAGACAAUCUUGGGGGAAGAAAAUGCAGCAAGCAUAGUUUUCGCCUGUAGGGAAUUUGUAAACAACUUGGUGCGCCGGGGCAUCACCGAAAUCCACGCAGACGGGAUAAUUAAAGAAAUUAAAGAAAAAUGUCCUGUUUUGAGGUUAGAUUGCCAAUUUACACCUUUUGAAACUUUCUUCGACUUAGAAAAAUAGAAAUGACUUGAAAUGGGGUUUUUACUUUUAUUCGCGGUGGCAGAGUCAGUGUUGCUAUAUUACAACAAAUUGUCUUGUCAAAUAAAAACAAAUUUUGUGAUUUCGGUAUUAUGGAAUUCGGUAUUUCGAAAUUUCGGUAUUAUGCACCAGAUGCACGCAUAGACGUGUACAAGAAUACUAACUACGGCGACAUCUGUGAGUUGCUGCUUAAACUAUUAUUUUAGUUUGACUAGUUAUAGUCAUGACCAAUUAUAGUGAUGAAAGGUUAUAGUGAUCUCCGUUUUUAGCCUUGCAACGUUUUGGAAUAUAGUUUUUUAUAAAUGAAUUAUUUUAGUAAAAUUCGUUUUUAAUUAUGAAUUGUUAUAAUGCUGAACGUUUUUAAUAAUGAACGAUUAUAGUAUUGAAUUAUUUUAGGUGUGACCCAUUUUAGUUUGAAAGUUUUUAGUCUUGAACGGUUUUAGGUAAGAAAGUUUUUAGAUGUACGCGCGUCCCCAGUGAUAACUACAAUUAUAUUCAUGCCGUCUCUUGAUUGAACAAAUGUGUAUUCUUUGUAUCCAGUGUUCUGUGAAUUUUGUAUAUUUGGGUGCGUACAUUAGGCGCAAGCCUCGUAAAGUUAUGUGAAAC